AUGACUAUUGGAAUUCCAGCCGAAGCUCACGGCGCAGCGGCGGGCGUGCUUCUCUACAGUCUCAUCUAUGUGGCAUGGAUUGCCUACUUCACUCUGAUUUCGACUACGGCCAGUAUCAUCCAGCAGUUCCAUGUCUACGUGAAAUGGGAAUCGGUUAUGACACAACAAUUCCACCAUGCUCGGGCCAAUGCUGGGAAUCCGGAACUCGUCAUUGCCAAUAGCUCUACUGGGGUCGACUUGGUGUUGUUUUACAUACAGUUUUGUUGCUACAAUAUCGAGGCAACAUCCGUGUUGUUUUGGGCCUUCUCCUUGACUCAAUCGGUAUACGGCUGGUCCACGAAACCUCAUCUACGACUCACGCUCAAGCACAUCCAGCUCGCAGGCAAGGUGAUCUCCAUUGUCCUACCGAUUGUCAUGAUAUCUCUCCUUCAGGCGAAGGCAGUUCGAAGCAGCUUCAUCGCCUUCCUCCUGAUUGCCGACAUCUUGUUGAUCAUCAAUCUCGCUGGAGGCUGCAGCUUCCUAUUUGCCAUCCUUUGGAGAUAUAUACAAUCGCGAAGACAGUGCCAAAGCUGGAGUGUUGGGUACGGCAAAUGCGCGUCAGUUCCAGAAGGCGGCCAGAACACUGGAUCUUCGCAACAGAAACCACAGAGCAGUAUAUACGACAGAUGGCUGAUAACACGCUUCACGAUUGGCUUUGUCUUCCUCGGCAUCUUUGAACUCAGCAACGUCCUCUUUCAACUUGCUGCCCGGCAAAACACCAGUAUUGACGAGACCGUGAGCAGGCCUGACUUGAGUACUUCGCGAGCUCAAAAGACGGCAGUGUUGUUUCUCCCUGGUCUCACGCCCCCUCUCCUCGCUUUCUUCGUCUUCGGCACGACGAGGACAUUCAGGCAGUACAUGUACAAGACCUUUGUUCCCAUACGGUUCCAGCGGAAUAUGGCGCAGAGCUCUCGGUCAGCUUCUGUGCCUUACGCUAGUCGGGGGCCAGGGGCCUUUACUCCCGUUACUCGACACGUCAGCACGCACGCAACCAAACACCAAGAAUCAGGUAUCACUUUGACCGAGAUGGGGACGUCGAGGGUGCAGCGGAAAGGGCCUGACGACAAUGAUGACGAAUGGCCAAUGUUGGAGUCCGGUGCUCCAUCCAUCAAAGGGACACCGGGAGUUGAUCACUCUACAGUGUAA